CACUCAUCCUCUUCUGCGACGUGAUCCGACAACAACCCAGUCCGCGUCAACUAUUUUGUGCGCCAGACCAUCAAAUCAACUCGCAUGACACGAGCAUGCCAACCUAAUCAGAAUGCCUCCACCACAGCAGUCAUCCGAUCCAUUCGACGAUGACGACUUCUUCGACGACCCCUCCACCCUGGCCGCCAUCGCCCAGGCUGAGGAGCGUGCCAUAGCCGCCUCCCAAGCUCCCAAGCGCUCGGGCUACCACCACACCGUGUCCCGUCCAGCUGCUGGGCCCCGCUCCACCCAGAAGCCCCCGCAGCCCAUCAACACGAACCCCCGCGUCUCCAAUUGCGGAUUUGGCUGGGAGCAAGGGGGGAAGCACUCGGAGCGGAUGGCACAGGGUCUUCCUGUCUCCGGUAUGGCGCGGUACAACAGGGAUGAGGCGCCGACCGACGUGGUUCUCGACCACAAAGGCCAGUAUGGGUUCGGGUCGGCAGAGGAUGAGCCAAUCUACGACCAGCGACAGCGACCCGAGAUCCGGCAGAUGGUCGAGGCAGCUGCGCGGGAGAAGGAAGCGCCGCCACGGACAGCCAAGAGCCAGGUCCAAGGCUCACAGGCGCGGCGCGAGGCACUCGCUGCUGCCUUGCCGCCUCGAGCACCGAUCACGAGAACGACGUCCGCCAACGCGGUUGCCGGACCAUCCUCCACUCAGCCCGCACGGCUGGGCGCACGCACCUUCGGACGAGCAGCGUCCACUGGGACUGCGACGCUUGGCCGAGCUGGAUCCGUCGGACCGUCGCGUCCCAUCAACGUGCUACCUACCAUUGGAUCGCAGAGCAGUCAGCCGUCAUCGCAAGGCGCGGCGUCGCGCAGGGCAUUCUUCGAGCUGGAAGAUGAGCGGAAAAGGCGGGAGGCUCUUGAGGCAGAGUUGGGCACGCUGCGUGUGCAGCUGGAGAAGGCUCAACGGCAGAGCCUUGUGGAUGCACCGCGGAUGGCUCCCGGCUUUGACGCGGCAGCGCGGGAUGAGAUCGAGCAGCUCAAGCAGCAGCUCUAUGUCGCGCAAGGGCAAGCUGCAACAGCCAAGCGCAACCAGACGGCCCUGGAGGCCCGCCUGCACGCCGAGAUUGACAAACUCAUCGCCGACAAGCGUGAGAUGGAGCAGCAAAUGCGAAUCCGAGAGCAGGAUAACAAACAUGCCCUGGAUAGCGCAAAGACUCAGAUGGUGUUCAGCAACCAUCAAGCUCUCACCUCAGCCUCCAAAGCGCGGCAGCAGUCACAGUGGCAGGCGUCACAACGAGGUCCGCCGGGUUCUCCCUUGCAUGACAAAGCUACUGUAACUCCGGCGCCGCUGGUACGAUCUGUGAAGGGAAAGCCUCGCCCACCACCACCACGAUUCGACGGGCUGAACAACGCGUUCAGCAAGACUCCGACGGUCGGACGAACGCGCAGGGGCGGGACAGAGGCACCGAGCCCCACGACGACUCCGAAGAAGCACCGACAGUUGUCCUCGUCACCCUUGCCCUCCCCAAACCAAAGCCAACACUUACCGCCGCCAUCCACCCCCAUCGACGACAAUGGCGACAUCAGCAUGGACUGGCAACCCGACUUUGCGCAAGCUACGAUGGAGCAUGCCAUUGUGGACCACGAAGCGCGAGAUUCAAAGGCAGAGCUGCAUUAUCACCUCGUCACCCAUGUCGCUGCCUCACCUUUGCGUCUCGCUAACGAAGAUUGCCACGAACCGACGUUUAUUCGGAUUAUGGCGUACAAGCUUGAAGUGGAUCAAGACGCGCAGCAGAAGUCGGCUGUGGACAUGGUGCAGACUUGGAAGGCCGGGCAAAGCGCGCUCGCCUCGGCCAUUGGAGCUUCGGUCUUGAAUUUCGAGCAACUGUGCGCCAAACUCGCCCUCGCGUUCAGAGAUUUAUUGGUUGCACUAAAAGAGGUCCGCGAGGCCUGCUGGAGUCUCGGUAAAGCGGUCAAACUCGCCGACAUCGACGUCGAUGUACUACGUCUGUUUGCGUCCACUGUACUUUUGUUUCCAGAGCUACCGAGCGCGGACCCUGCGUCUUUCGGCCAAAUUGCACAUUGCCUGAGCAUUCUAAGCCAAAGUCUGUCCACGAAAGACAAGUCGGCCAAAGACUGGGUGACUCCCGGCAAGCCAACGACGGGAGACAAGGAGACUACACUCGCAGAGAGUCUGCCCGGUUCUAAUCGUCCCGAGUCUCAGGUGGAGUCAGAACUGGGAGACGCCAUCGCCGAAGCCGGCGAAGCAUUGUGCAUGGCCCACGGCAAGUGUUUAUGGCAAGCUGAUGACCUGUCAACGACCGUGCUCAACCUAUCCAUGUCCGCGGACUGGGUCGUCGCUGCUCGUGGACUCGACCUAUUCAUUGCUGCUGCCUGCCGCCCUGAUCACUUCCGCCGUCUGAUAACAAAAUCAGACUCCGUGUCUGGAGGGAUAAACCUCAUGGACAGCAUGUCGCGCUUCCUCUUGACCGGGCACCCGCGGUUUAGCCCGCAGCAACGGUUUCGUUAUUCCCGGGAUGUGCUUGGGGCGCUGGCAAUGUUAGCGCGGAGCGAUGAGAACGCGGUGGUACUCAUGACGGAAGGUUCCAUCCUCGUACCAGCCCUGGCGAUGUUUCUGCAUCGUCACAGCGCCUCGCUAUGGGCCAUACGAUCGUCCGAUGUGGGCAGCCAUGAUCCCCUGGAACUCAUCACCCCCACCAUGCUUUUGCUACACCAUCUCGUGUUCCCGCCCCCUUUCGCUAAGACAGCUGCGUCGUCACAAAUGCACAAGGGCGCAGACUUUACCCACUCUGAUGCCCGGUUAUUUGCUUCGCCGCCCGCGCAAGGCGCAGCCAUCGGGCGCCUGUUAUCGGCGGCCGCGGCGACGUCCGAGUUCAACGGCGUGCAGAACUUUUAUGUUUCUGCGCUCGGGCCUAUCGCGUACACCAACGUCGACUUGGACGAGGGUGCAUGGGCCUAUGCUAUGCGGCCGCCUGGAGAAGACCUCGCGCUGCUCAGCAAGCGGGAGGAUGGGGCGGGAGAUCAAAGCGCUCUGAGCACGGUGCAAUAUCUCGCCCAGGACCUUCUCAACGCCUUUGUAGAGGGUCCCGAGGGCGACAGCGUCUACGAGGUGUACGAUACGGAGGUGCGGGAAGAGGCCGCGCCAGACGGGAGCGCGGUGAUUGUCGUCUCUGACGACGACAAUUUUGACGAGGAAGAGGCCAUGCUCGGCACAUGGAAUCUUGAUCACUAGGGAGGGGGUGUACAUGCUCCCCUAGAAAGGCGCAAAGCGGUCCACCCUGCAUCAUGUCAUAUCUGCGUUCACAUGUUCACAUGUUCAUAGGCGGGAAGCGCGCGAUAAGAACGACUAGCGAGGGGUCUCUGGGCCCCAGCUGCGGCUUCGAGGUCGUGUAGUGCCGUCAUUUCGAUCGCGUCCAGUAUCGUGCCUGGAGGAACGGCCGCGCCGAACUCGUCCGACGCCAGCAAUUCUUCCGCAAUGACUGAUUCCCUGCCAUCAGGCUUCUUGCGCCGCGGCCCAUAGAACAAACGCCGAUGUCGACGUCAACGCUGUGUGCAAAAGCGCCUCCGAGUAGAUUUCAGGGCCUGUUCUGGAGCCCAAGGUCCGGCUGGAGGCGGGCUG